AUGGCCCUUCAGCACAUCUCGUCCUCCCCACCUGCAGAAUGGACGAUCCUCACCGACAGCAAGGCAGCCCUGGAGAUCCUGACUUCACACGCCACCAAAAUCAUCAGCGACCUCCAAACGGCUAACACCGCAGCAUGCGAUUCUGUUUGCGCCUCUGGCCACGGUGUGCGGCUACAGUGGGUUCCCAGCCACAUGGGCCUUACUGGGAACGCAGGAGGAGACGCCGCCGCGAGGCGUGCCCAUCAAGACGUCGGCCCGCCAGCUAGUAUACCGCUCACAUCGUCCGCCUGCCUUAUAAAAAUCCGCCAGUGGUGUGCCUCCCAAAUGCACCACUCUGCCGAAGACGCUGUACGCGCCAAUGCGUAUAUCCAGUCCAUUGACACGACAAUGCAAUUCACCCCACCCCAGCAGCUCGUCCGCGCAGAAGAAGCGCUGCUCCAUCGGCUCCGACUCAACGUCGCAUAUACACCGCAAUACUUGUGCAGGGUCGGAAAGCGUCGCUCAGCUAGCUGCGCCUGUGGCGCAGUAGCAGUCGUAGGGCACCUCCUACUAACCUGCUCGGAGUACCCUGCAGCCCGCGCUGUCCUCGCCGAUCGCCUCCAACGCCUGGGACACGGUUUGCUCUCACUGGCCGUGCUUCUCGAAUGGCAACUGGCAGCCGUUACAAGGGCCCUCCUGCAAUACCUACAGGACACCCAGCUAAGGGUUACGCGGUAA